AUCUCACCCAGAGAGCUAUGAAAAAGGUCAAGAGCGGCGCGCUUUCCUUGCUCGUGGGGUUAUUCCGGGAGGAGUCGCUUGCAAGAACAACAACGAGAGAUAAGAAACCUCUUCCCCUUUGGAGGAAGUCAUAGCAACGUAGGAAUCAUGGGGGAGUUGGAAGGGACCUCCAGAGGUCAUCUAGCCCAUCCCCCGGGCAAUGCAGGAAUCUGAACCAACGCACCCACGGGCAGGUGGCCAUCCAACAAACAGGGGGCAAGGCAGGAUUUCCAUGUAACUUCACGGCGGCUGCAAAGCUCUCACCGCCGAAGAAAAGGCAGCCGCAGGUGCGGAAGUCAGCGCGAUUCUCCGCGCCGCAAACCGCCCUGGGAUCUUGGGGCGAGAGGCGGCGUCUCGUAAGUUCAAUCACGAAUUGAGACCCAUCAGAGGCGACGAAGAGCCCAGGCGCGCUGCAGGAAGCCCGUUCCGUCCGGGGCUGGCUUGGAUGCCCUGCCUCGGGGCUCCGCGGGAGGCGGCGCUGCGCGCUUCUGCGCGCGUCCUAGGAGAGGGCGGCGUGCUUCUCUGCGCGCGCGCACGCGGGGCGGGGCGCGGAGCGAAGUCUGUCGCCGUCGGGGAAGGUGCGCAGCGCGGCGACCUCGCGUUUUCCGUGCCCGUGGAGAGACGGUGGGUGCGGGUGCGUCAAGUCCCGGGGGAGUCGGCAGGGGCCUCCCACCUCUUUCCCCUUCGCGCAGAAAACGGCGCCUCCAUCCCCCCCCCCAGCCUCCCGCUCACUUGCGCGCCUCGCCGCAAGAUCCCCUCGGGGACCUUUGCCGCGAGUGGGAAGGCGGAGGGGCGCAAACGCGUCGCUGGAAAAGGAGCCCCGACUGGCCGCUGCGCCGGUGCUCCGCGGGGGCUGGAGGGCCGCCUUGCGCGCCUUGGCUGGAGAAGCGCCCUUGCCCGGAGUGGGAGCUGCUUGCCCAAGGAACCUGUCCGAUUGCGCAGGCCGUGGAAGUUGGACUCGGGCGCUGCCUUGCAUAGCUAGCGAUUACCUGCUUAUGAAAGCAGUGGCAUGAGAGGCAGUGAACGUGUCAACAGGCCCCUAAACCAGCUGCUCCUUCUUGUAUCUAAGCACCCCUUGUAGCUUUCUUUGCGCAGGGUCGAAGUUUAUUUACGUUGACCAAAGACAGUUCCCGUAUCCAGUCAGAGAGAGAAAAGGUAAAGUUUUUAGCAGCAGCAACCUCUCUUUUAAAGGUAAAGGGACCCCUGACCAUUAGGUCCAGUCGUGACCGACUCUGGGGUUGCGGCGCUCAUCUCACUUUAUUGGCCGAGGGAGCCGGCGUGCAGCUUCCGGGUCAUGUGGCCAGCAUGACUAAGCCGCUUCUGGCGAACCAGAGCAGCGCACGGAAACACAGUUUACCUUCCCACCGGAGUGGUACCUAUUUAUCUACUUGCACUUUGACAUGUUUUCGUAUUGCUAGGUUGGCAGGAGCAGGGACCGAACAACGGGCGCUCACCCCGUCGCGGGGAUUUGAACCGCCGACCUUCUGAUCAGCAAGUCCUAGGCUCUGUGGUUUAACCCACAGCACCAGGAGCUGUUAAUGUACACUGAGAGGGUGGUCUACACUGGCUCUGUUAUCCUCCACAAGUAACUUUUGAAGGAUUUCUUCUUUUUUGAAAAGGCAUUUGCUUUGAAUGAUUUUUGGGUUUGCUUACAGAACAUUGCAUGUUAAGAUGGCAUCUGUCAGUGAUCGGGAAAAGGUCAGCUCUUGGAACACUUUGGUGCUCCCAGACCUACCCAGUGGACCGCUGGAUGCCUACCGGAAGAAAGCAUCCUUCAACUGGAAAGAGAUGGCACUCUUCGUAGAGGAAGAAGAUCUCCUCCGUUUUAAAGUAAGGCUUAGAAUAAUAUUUCUUUUAAAACGAUGUUGCAAAUUAAACACAAUCUGCCAUAACCCCCCUUAAAGUAUCCAAUAUGUACCAUUAAAUUCUGGUUCCUGUGAGGCCUGACUGGCCAAGGGAUUCACAUGGCCAGGGAUCUUUUCUUAGGUCAAGAGAGCCAUGAUCCUUGAUAAACAGGGAUUUGAGGUGUUUUUGUUUUUGUCAGUGUAAAUGGCCGUCCAGUAAGUUACUUUACAUUUUGAUAGGACUGUGCAUGAUGUUCAUGCUUAAAGGGUUUUCCAUCUUGGACUGGGUAAAAGCAAUAUUCUCAAAAAUAUUGGAAGCCUUUUGAGGAGGGGAUAGAUUUCUUUUGUAUUGUGUUUUUGAUCUGGAGGAAAACCACACAAUUAUAUUGGUAUAAAAUUGAAAUUAUCCGCUUCUUUAUCAGAUCCAAACUUCUACUGCUUUUAGUGCAGUACAUGAAAUGCAAUAUCUAUAAUAAUGAUUUAAAGGGCUUUUAAUCAGUGAGGCAACAUUUGGAUGUGAACUUAUGUAAUAUUGCUUUUAAGAUGGUUGACAUUUAUUAAGUUUUAAACGGCUUCCUGAUUGUCCUUGUCCUUGUACAUUUCUUAUGGCAUAGGGAAAUGACUAAAUGUGUUAAUAUAUAAAAUAUGAAUACUUGAGUUCAAUGAUAAAUUCAAAUCUGACGUUCAGCUAUUCUGAUGUGUUUCUUCCAUGAAGAACAGAAUAUUCUCAGCUCUUGAAAAUGACCCUCUCUUUGCUCGUCACACUGGAGAAGAAUUACCUCUUGAGAAAUACCGUGAACUAACCUUCCUCCGCUGUAGGAAACUCUUUGAAUAUGAUUUUCUACGGCUAGAAGACAUAAUUGAGAAACCAUUAAAAGUUGUAGCGCUGAUUACUUGCCUGGGGAUGUAUGACUGGUCUCUAGGAGCCAAAUAUUUGCUAAAUUCCCAGGUAUGUACAAUGCAGGUGUAAGCUCUUUUAUAGAUUUCCUUAAAGACUCAAGCCUACUAGCAAAGCAUUCCAUUUUUAUUUUGGAUAAAUAUUUUUGGAGAUUGCAUCUGAGCUGCUCUAUGUACGCUUUUGAUUUAGAGGCUAUAGUGGCUUGACACUUUUUUUCACGUGGUAAUUGUAGUGAAAACUUCAUUGCUUGAACAUACACCCUCCACAAUAGUCUAUUGAUAUUUGUUUUUAAUUUCUUUUUGCUUUUAAAUUGCUUUUCACUUAUUAUUAUUUCACUUAUUAUUACAGUCAUACCUCUAGUUGCGUUCGCUUCAUGUUGUGGAUUUUGGGGUUGCAAACGUGGCAAACCCGGAAGUGUAUACACAGCGUUCUGUGCACUUCGCACAUGCGCAGAAGUGCUCUAUUGCACUCCGCACUUGCGGAGAAGCGCCGCUCUAGUUGCAGACUUUUUAGGGUGCGAAUGGCACCCCGAAACGGAUUGUGUCCGCAACUAGAAGUACCACUGUAUCAUUAUUAUUAGUAUUGAAUUUAUAUACCACCCUAUACCCGGAGGUCUCAGGGUGGUUUUAGGAUGUUAUUCUUGUUGGAAAACUAGCCCCCUCGGGAGAGGCUGGCCUCUCUCCCCGCUCCCGGAGCUUGUUUACCGGUGAUCUUCCUCUGGCUGGCAUCCCAGACAGACCAGGGAGAUCUUGAUAGGCGACAUCUCCCAGUGGGGAAGAUGCACACCCCCUUCUCCCCUUUCACAGGGGAAAGAAGAAUAGUCAGAAAGUCCUUUUACAUCUUGUUUAUUUCUGACUGUACAACUCUACAGAAAACAUGUCCGAUCAGUUCAAACUUCUCCAAGUAAGUGACUCAGACUUCCUUUACAAACGCAACAGGAAGGUCUCAUAUUACACACGGAACAAAGCCUUGUGUAUCCCGUGAACUGCCUGGAAGAUUCUUUCCCAGGACUAGCCACAUCAUGUGAUGUAAACAAGCUGCCAGUUUGCAGCUGCGAUGUACUCAUAUUGUAACAAUUCUUUGGUUUUACGGUAUAUUUUUAUAUAGUUGUAAACCUUUGUGAUAUGUUUUUAUGAUACAGUGGUAUAUAAAUAUUUUUAUAAAUAAAUAAAUUUAUAAAACUGGUAUCAGAAUUAUAAACCAUUAUCUCAUCAUGUCAUCUAAUCAUCUAACUGUGAGAAAUGAUUAAACUACUGUUUCUCUACUUUUAUAUAAACCAUUUCCCUGUGUUGAUACAGAGCUUGGUCAGAUUCUGAUUGAAGCUAACAGAAUUGCACUGUCUCCUUUGGGUUUAAGCUAAGCUGGUUUUUGUCAUACAGGGAGCAAAGCAGACAGUCUACAAAACCUCCUAGUCGCUUACAGCAGUGAUCUGAGCUGGCCAAGAAACCUUUAGGGUUAAGAAGCACCUAAUGGUGUAAAGAGUUAUGUAGCAUCUUCCUAAAGUUCUCCCUUUUGGACAGACACGGAUGGUGAACAGGCAGAAUUCCCACCUGACAUUCCAUUACUGUUUUUAUUAUCAGUUGCUUGUUGCCUAAAAGCAGGGCAUUUUUUCCGGGGGAACUUACAGGAACACUGUUCUGGCACCUCUCAGGUGGGCGCCAUUACCAUUCUAAGAGAACGAGGGAGGUGUUCAUGGUGAGUUCCGGCAUCUCUUUUUCUAGGAAAAUAGCACUGCCUGAAAGGUCUCCAAGCAACUUACUUUAAAAAAAAAAUAAAAAUGCUUAGGUCUGGCAGAUGUUUGGGCUUCUCUAAACCCUUUUAAACAAGUAGUAUCAUUAUUCUGACAGCAGUGGGCAGCAGUGCCUUGAACACAAAAGUCCUGAUGAAUAGGAAGAACAAACUCUCCCCAGCUUCCCAUUAGGAGGAGGAGGAGGCAGGAUGGGAAGACCUGAAACAUGGUAUGUCUCCUGGUAUGUCCCACAGAGGACCUUACGGUCUUCAAACAAAAACAUCUUGGAGGUCCCGGGCCACAGGGAGGUUACGCUGGCCUCAACCAGAGCCAGGGCUUUUUGGCUGUGGCCCUGAUCUGGUGGACCACUGUGGACCACUGUCACAAGAGACUAGGGCCCUGCGGGACUUGACAUCUUUCCGCAGGGCCUGCAAGACAGAGCUGUUCCACCAGGCCUUUGGCCAAGGCACAGCCUGACCCUCUCCUUUGGUAAUCCUCACAGAACUCUAGCCCAAUGGUUGCCAUUAAUUUGAUUUGAACUGAUUUUAUAACGAAUUAAUUUUAGAAUGCUGUAUUAUUUUACUGUUAGCCGCUCUGAGCCCGGCUUUGGCUGGGGAGGACGGGAUAUAAAUACAAUAUUAUUAUUAUUAUUAUUAUUAUCAUCAUCAUCAUCAUCAUCAUCAUCAUCAUUAUGGCAGUGGAAGGAUUUACCUCUAUAUCCUCACUAGAUCUUUACCAGAGCCUUUGCGUGUCAAAGGUUGAAAACGAACACAUUCCAUGUUUGAUUUUAUUGUGAUUGUCAAACUUACUCAACAGUUCAAUUCAGCCUCAUCACCCUUUUGGGAUCAAUGGAUGUGUCCUGGGGACAUGUUUUAUUGGCUCCUGCCCUUCUUUUCAUGUUGGGUGUGUGAUCACAUGCAUACUGGGUGUGGCCAACACAUCCUUUUGGGAUGGAGUGGUUCUGGUCAUCUUGAAAGAGACAGUGAUACGGCCACUCCUUGAAAAAAUCACCCUGGGCCCAUUGCCUUGUGAUGACUACUGCCCAGUUACAAAUACCCCCUUUUUGGAAAAUUGACUGAGGGUUGUGGGAUGGUGGCAAGUGCUCUAGGAUGAAACCUGUUCUCUUCACCGGCCUUGAGAAGAUAUUGUACUAUUGCUUAAUAAUAAUCCAGAGAUCAAGGAAUCAUUCCUUUUUAUUUUCAUUAUUUCACUUUGCAGCUGAAACCAGGAGGAAAAUUAUUUUCUUGUAAUGAAGUUGUGUUUCCUGAUGCAGAAUAGCGUAAAAUAUCACAGAAUAGCAUUUUCUCCUAGGAAGGGAGCAACUUAACACUUGACGUGCGGUUUGAGCUGUGAGCAGUGAUGCUUUUCUAUCUCAAAUCUUUAUUGAACAUGUCAUUUUGACCCCUUCCUCUACUUUAACAAAAAGAUUUUUACUAUUUAUCAUUUACAUCAGCUAAUUGUCUUUAAUGUUUACAGGUGUUCAAAAGUACAAUUGAGAGUUCUGGCUCUAAAAGACAUGAAGAAUUUAUUAAAGAUAAUGCAAAUAUGAAGGUACUCUUUAAACUUCCUAAAUCAAUCUUUGCUUUAAAAUACAGUAUAUAUACUGCCACUAAUUUUGAGUUAAUGGUGUUUCUAAAAACAAGAUUAUUAGCUACGUAUACUAAUGAAGCAAUAUCAGCAAAUCUCUUGUAAAAUAGUAUCUCAUAUGGAGCUACUUCAUUUUGAUUUACUAGUGCUUCUCUGUUUCUGUCGGAAAACCAUAAUUAAAGUUUCUUACAGUGGAAGUGAUGAAUUAUCUGGAUCAGUUUGCUUAUUCAUCAUUUAUGAAACUAUUGCAGGAUCAUCAGCACCAAUAUCUAAUACAAAUUUAUAAGGCAAUAGUUCAAGAAGUGCCUUGCAGCAUCAAAUCAGAAGAGUGCAGUCCUUCAGCACAAAGCCACAAACAUACCUGCCCAAAAGAUGCUCACCUUGCUUCUGUUAAGGGUGAUGCAGGUAGAAGCAGGAUUCCACAUGCGUAUCCUAAGCUGUAUACGUCAAUUCUGUGUGCAUGACCCCUAUUCCCACAACCAAACAGUUUUCAAAAGGUGUAAACUUAGCCAAGGGAUGAAAAGCCUGUUGCCAUGUAGAUGUUGUUGAACUCCAGUUCCCAUUAGCACCAGCCAGUGCAACCAGCAGUCAGGGAUUAUGGGAGUUGUAGUCUGGCAACAUAUACAGGGCCACAUAAUCCCCACCCUGGCAUAAAAAAAAUGUUCAGAAAGGGAAGUAGUGCUUCUCUGAACUGUGGGAUUUGAGAAAGCUGAUCCUCCUUCUAAAGGACUCUAUGCACACUCCUUUGGAUAAAGCAAAGAGUUUUCUUUUAACUUCUUAAGGAAACUUUUUCAUUUUGUGUUUUUUCACUGUUAAUACAUUGACUAAGCUUUGGAUCAGGCAUAGGCAAACUCGGCCCUCCAGAUGUUUUGGGACUACAAUUCCCAUCACCCCUGAGCACUGUUCCUGUUAGCUAGGGAUGAUGGGAGUUGUAGUCGCAAAACAUCUGGAGGGCAGAGUUUGCCUAUGCCUGCUUUGGAUUUUGCUUGUUGCUGUGGUGACCUGGUGUUAACAUUUACCUUUUGACUUGAUCCUAAACAUUUACACCUGUGAAUUGUAAUAUAAGCACUGAGCUCAGAUAGGUGGGAGGAGAGGGAAAGGAGGAACUGCCCUGAGAUUUGCAGAUGAAGGGCGGUAUCCAAAUUUAAUAAAUGGCUAAAAAAGGAUAAAUAUAGUACAUUUCAGGGCUCACUUUAGAGCUGCUGCAGCCUCACAAUAGCCAUGCGUGGCCACCUGUCCCUAACCCAACAUCAUAUGGUGCCAGGUGUGGGACAAGCACAGCUGUGGCUUCAAAGGAAAAAUCAGGAGGCAGACGACACUCCAGAUAAUUCAUUUGUGUUACGAUGCUGCCCUUCUGCCCGCUUCUUCCAGGCAGGACCAGUUCCAUUCAGGAACUCUUGACAGUAGCUGUAAUCCUUGCUGAAAGAAGGAUGCUGGCAUUGCACUGGGUGCCAAAUUUAAACAGCAUCCUAAUGCAAGCCCUGCAGCUUCCAGAAGGGAUCAAAACUUCAGCUGAGAGCUCCUGAGUGGAACUGAUCAUGCCUGGAAGCAUUUGGCAUGCAUUUCUGCAGAGAUCAGAUCCACCUGACAGGAGCUUGAAAGAUGGGCACACCCCACACCUGUCAAAUGCAGCCUGCAGAGGGUUGGCCCCUUUUUGUCCUAGCACGCCAGAGGAGAUGCCCUUUCCCAAAGGGCAGCCGCUGGUCAGUGGGUGACCUCUACCCGGCUGCAGGGCAGUGUGCACACUCUGAAUCAUUUAAGGACUAGACUUUGAAGCUCACAGAUGAACAUCUUGAAGUUUGUAAGCUGGAGCUCCAGGACAGCUCUUUUACAACAGAGAUCCCCCAUUGCCCUAAUGUUUACGCUAUCCCGGUUUGAAUCAUACAAGUUCUUACUCAGUUUGUGUCUUUUGUCUCCAGAACUUUGGAUGUUUUGCUCUGACUGAAUUAAGCCAUGGCAGCAAUACCAAGAACAUGCGGACUACUGCUAGAUAUGACCCGACUACGCAAGUUAGUAGCAGUGCCCUGUAAAGUUCUCUAAUAUUCUUCACUUAAUUUUUUAUUAAAAUAGGACACUGUACUUCUGAACCCAGGUAUUCUAAUCUUUUCUAUACAGUGGACCUGCAACUCAUAUGUAACCUAUUUAUAUGAUCACAAACGUAGGCUCAGGUCCAAUGAAUGAAUGAGGCACGGGAGAAUUCCAACCUGGAAAGAGCUUUUUUUAGUCCUUUGCCUUGCUGGCUAGGCUCUGAGAAGAUGGUACAAGGGCCCUGAGAUGCUUCCGGAGCCCUUGUGCAGUAAGCAGGGCGGAGGGCAAGGCCUGAUCCAGACAGGCCACUGUAUUGGGACCUGUCAUGGGAAGAGCCCUACCCUACAACCUCACAUUGCUGCUGGUAAAUAGUUUGGAAAAGAGCUCCAUGACUGUGGUGCAGUGGUAAAAAGAAAAAUGCCUCUGUGGCUUUGUUUGAAGCCUUUCUCCUAAAAUGUAUGUAUUGUUUACUCCUGUGAAACUAUUUUCCAUUGCGUUUCUGUCCUGCUCACUGAGGCUGCAGUCCUGUGCCCAUUUAGUUCAGAGAAAGCCCCGCUGAACGCCAAGUAGACAGGGGUUGUGCUGCGACAGCACAGAACAGAGGUUGUCAAUAGAUUCAUCCAACUUCAUAUUUCAGAGAAGAUAUACAGUGUGUUUAGAAUUUUCUCCCCAUCCCCCUCUUAUCAACUAUGUAGGAAUUCAUUAUUCACUCACCGGAUUUUGAAGCAGCAAAGUUCUGGGUUGGCAACAUGGGGAAGAAUGCAACUCAUGCAGUUGUCUACGCACAGCUAUAUACUCCGGAUGGCCAGUGCCAUGGAUUGCAUUCCUUUGUCGUACAGGUGAGAAUGAAUUCAUCUAAAUCUAGAAUAUUGGAAUAGGCCAAGAGCUUUUUCAUUAUCCUGGAUCAUUGGUGGCAUUUGCCUAUUACUAUUUCCUAGUUGUAAACACUUUUUGUGGAACGGUCACUUGCUAGCCUGGAAAUUGCAUAAGAUCACUCGGGCACCACUAAAGGUGUGCGGGGCGCUUAAAACGUGUCCCUCUUCAGGCAAACAUUUUUCUACUGGGUAUGAAAGGCUUGCAAGUGCCCUUUUUCUCUUUGGCCAAGCAGAAAGUAAUGUACAACCCAGUGCAAUCUCAGCAUUGCUCCCUCAGUAUGCGUUUGGACAGUAAGUUCAGAGACACUGCAGCUGUAGAUGAGCACAGCUCUGUGCUGCUGAGUCCUGUGUUACUUUAGACCCAUGAAGAUGGGGAGCAUCAUAUGCCCUUGUAGCAGAUGCAAAAAUAUUUCUCUGAAGGGCACCUGACAGUGCAAUCAUACAAUGAGCCGUGUACUGAAAGACAUUGUGAGCCCCAUAGAAGCGCCUGUGGGAAAUGUGAAGUUUGUUGUGUAUUGGGUUUUAGGUGGGUUCUCCCCACCCUAGCGCUGCAUGGUUCCCAGUUACACUUAUUUAUGUGAGAGAAAGUGAAGGGGUCUACUUAGACACCCCUCUGGUGAGUACAUUUCCCCCCAGCCUCCGAUAACCCCAGGGGAGGAGAAGUAUAUUCACUUCUCAGCUUAGGUCUUGUCCCAGUGAACUAUAUGAGAGCCCUUUAGAUCAUAGCUAUAUAAUCCAACCAGUUGCAUGCAUUGAAACAGAUGUGCACAUUUUUCUAAUUAAUUGUAUAGAGUUCUGAACCGGAACAAAAAGGUGGUUCAAUGACUUCUUGUAAAUGUUUUAAUGGAGGCAUUUGUUACAGAUCCGAGAUCCGAAAACACUUCUUCCCAUGCCAGGGGUGUUGGUUGGUGAUAUAGGUAGAAAACUUGGGCAGAAUGGAUUAGAUAAUGGGUAAGUUUGAACCAAAAUACUCUGAACUUCAAAGUAAUGUUGCAAAAGUUACAAGUCACUUCUGCAGACCUCGAGAACAGAAAUCCUAGCAUGUGCAUCGCACAGUGAAAGGACCUUCAGGUUGAUCUGUCCCAGUCUGAGAUGGUUCAAGCACAUUGCCACAUCAUUGUGCGCCAUUACAUGAAAGAGUGGAGAGAAGCUUUGGAAUCUCACAGUCAUCUCUGCUCCCUCUCAAGGAAUGAUUGCAAAACCCAAACAUGUUUUCAAAGUCAACUAAAAGAUAGUCUAAAGAGCAGAAACAUUCCAAAUUGGAGAGUGAUACAAUUAAUUCAGGACGCAGGUGGUGCUGUGGUUUAAACCACAGAGCCUAGGGCUUGCCAAUCAGAAGGUCGGCGGUUCGAAUCCCCACAACGGGGUGAGCUCCCGUUGCUUGGUCCCUGCUCCUGCCAACCUAGCAGUUCAAAAGCACAUCAAGUGCAAGUAGAUAAAUAGGUACUGCUCCAGCGGGAAGGUAAACGGCGUUUCUGUGCACUGCUCUGGUUCACCAGAAGUGACUUAGUCAUGCUGGCCACAUGACCCGGAAUGCACAGCCUAUUAUUGACAAACAUUUAACAGGUGUUCUAGAAAACCCUCAUUUUAUAGGUUGGAAGCACUGACUUGAAGAGUCUGGUCCCAAGGAUGACCGGCAAAGCUUCAAAACAAAUGCAAACCAGGUUGUGUGAGGAAGUAAACCAAGACACCGACUGGAUUAUUUGUGGAAUUUUCAUUCUAGAAAAUACGUGUUGCUCACUGUCACUUCCUUGCGUUACACUCACGCGCGUAUGCACACACACACACCCAUCACCUGCCAAGAGACAGUUGGAUUGUGCUGCACAUAGUUUUCCUGAUUGCUUCCUUUAAAUGACGCAACUAGUAAGUUGUAGCAGUGGUUACAGCUGUUAAUGGGGAACAGUCCCCUCCUGCAAUGUUUCCAUAUUUUCCCCUGAGCCUUCACAUCUCCAGGGAGGCCUAUAACCAGAACUGAAAUGUAAGAAUGAUAGAGUUAAGUCACAUGGAGCCAACCCGGUGCCUCCAGAUGUUAAACUCCCGUAGCCCCAGCCACAUGACCAGUGGUCAAGGAUGAUGGAACUUGUAGUGCAACAGGACCUGUUGACUGCAACUGAAAGUGCCCCAUGCAGCGUGAACCUUCUCAGGAGUUCCCCUGCAGCUGUUAUUCUGAAAGGAGAAGCAGACACACUAAAUGCAUUCAUGCAUUUAACAUCAUGUCUGCUCUUGGUUCUGUGAAACUAAUAACUGUCUCUGUAUUCAGCAUUUGAUUUAUACAGCUCAUCGGAUGUGCAGGUGUUAUCUCUUAAUACAUUCUUUUUGGAUUGUCAGCUUUGCAAUGUUCCACAAUGUCAGGAUACCGAAAAGGAACUUGCUGAACCAAACCGGAGAUGUCACAGCUGAGGGAGCGUAUGCAAGUGCCUUCAAGGUAUGAAUUGUGCUUAACUAACUUCCGUGUGCUUAAUGCAAAACUUAAUUGCUCUUAACUAAGGAUUCCUUUUAUUGCCUAAUCUGUUUAGUUCUUCCUCACAUGCUCUCCAGAGUUUAUCGCAGUAUAAUUAAGAACAUAAACACAAUAUUAUACUUUGAAUGUUAACACUUGGUGUACUUGGGGAGAAUUUUCUGGGUACAAAAUGUUCAAACAGAUCCUUAAAGCCUUUCUGCUUAUCCUAUCUUAUUUCUCUAGGAUCGCAAGCAGCGCUUAGGAGCUUCUCUUGGUGCUUUGUCCAAUGGAAGAGUUAUGAUUAUAUCCAUGUCUGUGGUCAAUUUAAAGCUCGCCAUAUCAAUAGCGAUUCGCUUCUCAGCUACCCGGCGCCAAUUUGGACCAACAGAUGAUGAAGAAAUACCUGUUCUUGAAUACCAAAUGCAGGUGAAAAUCUAGAGUGCUCCUUAAAAGCCUGAAGUGCUAGAUUUUGCACCCAGUGAGACUCCUAAUUAAGCAUAAGUCUUAGACAUAGGCCAGUGGGUCCUCCUUUAACAUAUAACACCUUAAAAACAAACAUCCUUCAUGAACAAGGAUAACUGUUUUGUUGGAACUGGAUGGUGGCUCCUUGUUAAAUGAGGAGGGAUGCUUUUGUUUUGCUAUUUGGAGUUUUAAAAAUCCUGGCUCAGAAAAAUCCAAAGUAGUGCUUGCGGAGGAGGGCUGCAGGGGCAGGAUAAAGCAGGAUUGUAAUUUUUUUUACAUGCCACUGAUUUGACUGGGUUGUGCCAUCCACUCUGGGUGGCUUCCAGCAAAUUAUAAAACCACAGUAAAACAUCACACAUUAAAAACUUCCCGAUACAGGGCUACCUUCAGAUGUCUUCUAAAAGUCAGAUAAUUGUUUAUUUCCUUGACAUGUGUGGGAGGGUGUUCCACAGGGCAGGUGCCACUACCAAGAAGGCCCUUUGCCUGACUCCCUGUAACCUCACUUCUUGCAAUGAGGGAACCACCAGAAGGCCCUCAGAGUGAUCGAUCACUGAAAGAAGGUUAAGAAAAUUACCACUUUUACAAAGGGGACAAAAAUGUCUCCUCUGUGUGUUUUUAAAGUGUUUUAAAAGGAUGUGUAUCUCUCAGUUUUUCCUCAUGCAAAUUUCAUUUUUCUUCCAGCAAUGGCGCUUGCUGCCGUAUUUAGCAGCCACCUAUGUCUUAGACCAUUUCUCCAAAAUGCUGUUCAUAAACUCCAUAGAAUUCCACAUAGGCCUCCUCAUGAAGGACAAAAGUCCACAGCAGGUAAGGUUUUGUCAGUAAUUCUUCGUUAUAAGCCAUUGCGUGGGAAAUGAGUUGGUCCAUUAUUGGACUGGCAGGAUUCAAGCAUCGCGCUGUCUGAAGAGUGUACCUAUUCUGCUCACCAGAGGGUUCUAAAUGCUUCGCAGCCCAGAACAUGGCAACUUGCACCCCAAUUUCAUGAUAGGAAAACAGUAACUGUAUUGCCAGCUGUGGGAAAAUGCACAGCACUGUUACCUUUCUGAAUAUGAGUAAAACACCCAGUUCUGUAUGCACAACAAAUUUCACAAAUAUAGCCUAUUGUUUCUUCAGUGCCUUGUUUUUACGUAUAUAAAGGGUUUUUUUUAUUAAUGUGAAAUCAAAAAUACAGUUAAUAAAGUACAUAAUCAAAGUUACACAACAUAGGAGCAGUACAAAGGUUGUAUUUUCCAAAUAAAUAGUGAGAAGAUAAUGCAGUAAAGAACACAUCAUGAAAGCCAAAUUUUAUUAUUCGUUUGGGGAAGAGCAUCUUGUAAUAUCUGAAUUACAUUUUAAUUAACUGUGAAACAGGUUGUUUAUUUUUGUUUAUCUUUAAACAUUUUAAAUUGUUCUUAAUGAUACAUUUAAUAUUCUUGUAAACUGCCUAGAGGUUUUACCGUAUUACAAUCAAGCGGUAUCUAGAUUUUGUUAAAUAAAAGAAAUAGUUGAAACACGUUAGUCUUGGUUUACCUCAACUGAAUCUCCUCCUCUUUUACAUUCCUUCUGUUCUUCCCCCAUGCAUCUUUCAUUUAUUCUUUAAAACACAUCACUUGUAAGCAUGAAGGAGGGGCACCGUUGUUGCUAGGGUUUUAAUUUCUUUUAACUGCAUCUAUAAAUUUAAUAGUACAGUAAUUUUACAGUUGAGCCCUUUUCGGGGGAGGGAGGUGUUGCGUGUUCUAAAUGCACAGGCACUGAGGUGUAUUCUCUAAAGAGCAGGAAAUUGCUAGUAUGUUUGUUGGUAAUCCUGCUUGUGCAGUUCCCACAGUUGUUGGCAGUGCUUUUUUUUCUAAAAUAAUCUUUAGGGGUACUCUCAUUUUCCUACUCAUAUUGAAAUACUGCCCCUCAUUGAGGCCAAACUUAGAUUCACAAAAUGUUGAGGGGUAUAUGUACCCCCAAGUCCCCCCCAGAAAAAAGCACUGGUUGUUGGUAACGCAGAAGCCUGCGCAAAGAGGCUUAGAGUUGAGCAUUUACGUCAGGGGUCAGCAACCUAAGGCCCAUGGACCACAAGCAGCCCACAGGGGUUGUUUAACUGGCCCACGAGCCAAACCGAGCCGCUCGCUUGGCGAGUUCCCGCGUGUUGCGCUAAACCAGCAUGGGGUGGGGAGUUUCUUUCACAUUGCUGGAAAUUGUGUCUGCGCAUGCGCAGACACCGGAAAUCACGUCUGUGCAGAUGCCGAAAAUCGCGGGUGCGCACCCACACGAUCCGGCCCACAGAGGGAUCUCCGCUGGAGUGAACCAGCCCGGGCGAGGUAAACCUUGCCAACCCCUGAUUUACGUCCUUGGCCUCUGUCAUAGCUGCUCUGCUCUGUGCUGAAGUGUUCUAUUAUUCAUUGUUCGUUCUGGUUCUACAAGGCGGAACUCGGGCGUGAAAUCCAUGCUUUAUCUACUUCGGGGAAACCGCUGGCCUCCUGGCUGACUCAACAAGGAACCCAGGAAUGCAGAGAAGCUUGUGGAGGACAUGGCUAUCUGGCCAGUAAGUGAACUUGACAGAUAAUUGUUUCCCAUAAUUGUCAGUAAGUGGUUUUAUAAAAUUUAAAUCACAAGCACAGCUCACUGAUACAAGGUCCCUACGUGUUAACUGUUCUUUCCAAAAGUGAAUCGGCUGGGUGAUAUCCGUAACGACAACGACCCAAAUUGCACCUAUGAAGGAGACAAUAAUGUUCUGCUACAGCAAACUAGCAACUACUUAUUGGGCUGGAUGAAUGCCAAACACCAAGGUUAGUAUGUAGAACUUGGAAUGUUGCACUGACUCAGAAGCCCACCAAGUGGGUACGGGGUAAAACUGCCAGCAGAUGCAGUUGUGUGUUUGCAAAGUUGAACUACUGCAUUCCUAGCAGUGUUUCCUGUUGAAAUGGUGGUCAGCGCUCAAGCACCCUGUUUUUAGCUAUUCUUAGUACUGUUUUGGGUCACAAUGACCUUACUUGAACUCUUAAUUUGAGUUCAUUGGACUCCGUAGAUGCAAAUGUGAGUGUCUUUGACAGUUUUAAUUUUAGAGAUGAGAGAAACCUCCCAAUCAGAAACUGAAAUAUUUCCAAAAAAGCAGUGUAAGCAGAAAUCCAGAAGUCCACAGUUGGGUGAUACCUUUUUUGAGAACGGACCCAAAAGUUAUAAGCUAGGCUUUGUUUUCUCAAAGAGUGUGUGUAACCUGCUAUCAAGUAGCACCUGGUAUGGGCUUAACUCAGCCUGUGGUCUUUGUUUGAACAAGCUUGGUUUUUCCUCCUCUCACUGUUUUGCAUAACAGCUUGCCAUAUUUUUGUGACCUUUUUGCUUGAUUUUGAUAAAGGCAAUACCCAACUGUGAGCUUUGCGGUCUUGAUGUAUUUUAGAUGUUUCUCAUGGAAUCUGGUUCAAGACCUAGCUUGGACCCCAUCCUUGUUCCUUCUGGCAGGUUUUGGACUUUCACUGAGGGUGACCUGUAACUUUGCUGCCUCACAACUAAGCAUGCAUCUCAGAAUAGGCACAUCCUGCAGAAAGCAUGAUUUUUAACACACAUUGGUGUGGGCACUUAAUUAGCACCCAUAAUAUUCUGUGGUUUGGGAACCUGGGUCAACUCUUCUUGAACUCAUCCCAAGCAGAAUAAAAACAAGGUACUCAGUGUGAAACAGUAGUCUGUGCUCCCUGGUGCCCUCAAACAACAGAACAGCAGUCUAAUUGUCAUGUGAGAAUGCCAGGGAGGGCUGACUACUGUUUCACGCUGAGUACCUUGUUUUUAUUCUGCUUAGGGUGAGUUCAAGAAGAGUUGACUCAAGUUCCUAAACCAAUUAACUUAAAACGUAAUUUGAAUGUGAUGCAAUUAGGCUAAGGAGUGCACAGUUGUGCAUCAUGUGCAAAGUACAGGUUAAUAGAGGUUGUUUUUAAGGCUUCCAACUUAGAAAUAAAAGGGCCGUGUCUCAGAAGCAUAGAUGUGUUAAAGAGUUUGCUUGGUUGAAGUUGGAGAAAUGGGGGAAAUAGCUUAAUCAGAUUAGCCAUGCUGAAUGCACCGAUGAGCAGAUUUUUGACUUGCAUUGACUUUCAAAGCCAUUAGUGCGUAGACAUUAACACACUUUGACUUGGUAUUUAGUUUUUGUAUCAUUGGCAUUUCAGACAAAGGUCCUAUUACUUCACCAUUGGGAUCGGUAGAUUUUUUGGAAGACUGUGAUCAUAUUCUCUGCCAGAAGUUCACAGUGUCAAAUGUUCAAGACUGCAUGGAUUCUUCUGGUAACUGUUCAAAUUGCAUCUCUUGUCAUGUGCUUAUAAUUUUGAGUGUGGCCCCUUUCCCCUACAAACCAUUGACUAUUCUUCCUUUCAGGGCUUGCGAUUAAGUCCUUGUGCAUUCUCUCUUCCCUUUAAUUCACACACCAGCCCCCUGGGGUUGUUAUGGCAAGUACCAGUUUAGAGGGUGGGUUGCUAGAGGAAGAAGGUUGUCCCAUCUUGGAGACAGUAGAAUGGGAGGGAACCUCUUGACAAAAUAAAUUUUAAGUUCUUUUGUAGAGAUUGACUGAGAUUUUGAUGACUGGAGCUUUAUGCCAUAUGUUACAGUGGAAACGAAACUCUGUGAGGAGAGAAUGGGCUUGAGGCAUGGGAACAAGAGAGCAUGUAAAUCAGCAGGGAAAAUGGGACCUGUGGGCGGAUGAUGCCUGGGAAAGACGUUCAGUACAGAUGAUGUUGUUAGUGAUGAACAUGAGAGUAGAGAGGAUGCUGCUUUGGAGAUGAAGGAGAAUACAGUCUUACAUAGGAAAAAUGGGGCUUUGAAGUGCUCAUGAAUUAGUUCACUAGCCUUAAAUAGAAGUAUCAAAAAAAGAAAGUCUAUCCUCUAUUAGUUGGUAUAAUGCGAAAUUAUUUCUUCUGUCUUUAUAUAUAUAUAUAUGAACAGCAAAUUGUUGGGGUGGAGCAGAGGAAGGACAGCUAAGUUUCAGCAGCAAAAUAUUUAAUUUUGUGGAUGCUUUUCAACCUUAUUUCUGCAAAACGCAGACUGUGCAUUACAGAAACUCAGAUUCUGAUGCAAACUAUCAGCAUUAUUUGCAGUCUGCUUUAUAAGGAUUUAUUAUUAUUCUUAUCUGGAAUGAAAACAUUAAACCUUUGACAUUUCUUUUUUCAGUACUUCUGAGAGGAUACAAGUGGCUGGUUUGUUACUUGCUCCAAGAGAGUUUCCAGAAGCUGAGAAACCAAGAAAAAUGUGGUUGCAAUGAAUUUGAGGCUAGGAACAACAGUCAGGUAAACAAAUUGUAUGAUUUUAUGUUGCGGAGCAAUUUCAUGCACGGGGCUAUUUUAAUGGACGUUGCCCUUUUCCGCUGCCUCUCCCCUACACAUACGCACUAUACAUUGCACACUUCCUUUCACAAAAAUAUGAAAAGUAAAGCACCUAGGACCUCAAACUCAGCUGGAGCUAAAGUUCAUGCUUUGUUGUGCAGCAACUAAGCUAAAAAGAAUAAACCCUGCCGUCAGGCUUACAGCCAAAUAACCUCCUGCAUGCAUUUUUUACUUUAAAAGAAAUAACUAGUGAGAUUAACACCAAGUGGUGGAAAAUGUGAUCUAGACAUCAGGAGAUUUCUUGUGUAAUGAGCCACAACCUUCUUUCUCCCAAAUGCUGGGCUGAAACCUUAUGGAAUGUGUCCAGGGCACCCAAGUCCUGCAUUAAGUUUUGUGUCCAGGCAGUAACAGUUCCUUCCCUCUCUAUGACAACAAUAAUAAUUCAGAUCCAUGCCCACUAUGCUGUUGCCUUUCCUAAGAGCUCAUCCAAACUUGAGGCAGAAAGAUUCCAGUGAAUAUGGGAACAGGGAUGGAUUUAGGGCUUUGCAAGCGAUGCUCAUGCACUGGGUGCUGAGCCAAGGGGGCACCAUCUCAGAGCCCAGUAAGUGAGGGACUGGGCUUUAGGAAGGAGGCACAGGGCUCUGAGAAGGUCCUAGGGUCCUCCUGCCUUUUUCCCAAAGCCUAGUUAGCACUUCCCAGCUUUGGGAAGGAGAUGGGAGGGCUCUAGGACCCUGCCAGAGCCCUGUGCCUCCUUUCCCAAACCCAGUACCUCACUUAGCCAGCUUUGGGAAGGCAGUGCAAGGGCGGGGGCACCAAAUUUUGGCCUCACACAUCGUGCUAUAGUACUCAAGUCUGCCACUGGUGGGAAACGAGUAUGACAAAAGCCUUUGGAAGAGAGUCAAAGGUAGAGAAGAGGUGCUGAGGACGGUUACGAGUGAGUGUGGCUCAGGGUUGCUCCAUCAGGAAGAUAACAGAGAAGGAGCAGAGCAUGAGAAAAUAGCAGGAGCAGAAAAAAGUCCAGGGUUUGGACUGCCUCCAAAAUGCCCAGGAGCUCCAGUGCCUGAAUGGGCAUGUCAAAUAGUGGGGGUAAGUCAGGAAUGGAUACUAGCGAAAAAAGGGGAAAGUGGGUCAUGGUGGCAGACCAAUCCAAAUUAAGGGUUCAUGAAGCUAGAGGUUGGAAAUGGACGUUUCUAAAGAGCUGGAGGGACCAAUAUUAUCACUUGGUUAUGAUGGUUCAUCCUAGUUUAAUAUUUGCCAAGGUACCUACAGUGUAUUAAAUGCAGCAGAGAGUCCCACAGUGCUGUUACUCAUUGAGGUACCACAGGGCUUCCUUGUUUGCUGCAACAGACUAACACCAUGUGAUGUACCCCUGGAGGCAGGAUCUCAAGGCCUUCCCAACCAGAACUCCAGAGACAGUGGCCUCGUUCUCAGGCCCAACCACUGUAAGGAAGCUCCGGGGGAGGAACAAGAGAAUUGCAGAUAACAGAUUAGUGAUGAAAGUUGCAAGACAUGAUGCCCAACCUUGCCUCAUAUUACAGAAGUGUCACGACCCGUCUUGCAUACCUGUCCCCCUGAAAUCGCAUGAGAGAUGUUCAGCUGGGGUGCAGUCGUGUUGAGUUCUAUAUAUGCCACCAACAUUCCUUCACACAGUUGCUUCAGAGUACAAUCUGCAUCACUUUUAUGCAGCACAGAUUGCCCUGAAGGAUACAGAGAGGAUAGUAAGAAUGGGCCUUUCAACUUCUUUUUGGGUGCCUUUUACUUAACUAUUGCUUUUGAACAGUUAGUAAUCUUUGCCUGGAUUUGUAGCUAUGGUUGAAUUUUUCUUUCUUUCUUUUUUCAAGGUGUACUAUUGUCGUUCUUUAGCUAUAGCAUUUAUUGAGCACACUGUUUUGCAAAGAUAUCAUGACUACGUUCACAGUUCCAACACACCAGCUAGCCUCCAGCCGGUACUGAAGAAUAUAUGUUCGCUGUAUGGAUUAUGGUCUUUAAAUAAGCACAUGUCAGUGCUCUACCAAGGUGAGAUCAACAUUCUGCCUACAUGGUAAAAUUUAGAAUCUGCAAACACUUCAAGGCUCUUGCAAAUUUACUACUGCAUUUAAGUAAGUAAGUUGAGCCACCCAGUGUAGUUUCUGCACCAAGGAAGCAGUAAAUGUGUUAUACAGUCUUACAGCUCUGGUCUUUUAGCCCCAGUCCUCUUCUACUGCACAGCUUGGGGGAGCUUUGUUUUAAGAUACAAUACUGAAUUUCCUAAACAUUUUCAUCUGACAUCUAGCCUCUUACAAAACUUUCCUUAAGCUGUGGAGUGCAAUCUUCUUAAAGGCAAAACUAGCAAGGUAACUAAAGGCCCCAUCUGCACUGCACAUCUGAAGCAGUACCAUACCACUUUAAACAGCCAUGGCUUCCCUCAAAGCAUCCUGGGAAUUGUAGUUUAAGUGUGCUGAGAGUUACUAGGGAAACCCCAUUCCCAUCACACAGCUACAGUUCCCAGAGUUCUCUGGGAAGAGGGAUUGAUUGUUAAACCAUUCUGAGAAUUGUAGCUCUGUGAGGAGAAUAGGAACUCGAAGGUAGAAAACAAAGUUUUUGCCUUAUCUCUGUCUGUUCCUCCCAGGACUGUGGCUGACCACGGCCAGCUCAGCUUUGGCACUCGGCAGUAUUCUUCGCUUUCCAGAGAGCCACAGUGAGGCACUUGGACACCAGAUUCCAAGUCCUCUUCCCAUUCAGCCAUGAAGGGGAAACCUGCUCACUUUUAGAUAACAUUCUUCAUACCCCACAGAUCUAGGAGAUUUUUUGAUCCAAAAUGAGUCAUUUAGCUUCAUUAUCAUGGUAAAUAUCUUUCAGGUGGCUACAUUUCAGGUGCAAAUGCUGGCAGAUUUGUGCAAGAUGCAAUUCUAGAACUGUGUUCAAAGGUAUGUUCCCGAUUGGUUUAAAUAUUAUGCUGAGUAACCUGUAGACUAAGAGUGAUGCUUUUAUUUGGAAGUUGGCAUCCUGGCUGGCAAGAGCAUACUCCUGUCCUGGGUCCAGGGGCAGCAGGAGCCCCAGACUCUGAGCUUCCUUUAAACAAAAAGUGCAAGUCUCUAGCCUCUAGAUUGAAAUCUAGGAAGUAAAAUGUGUGGGCAUCAUUCAAAGCAAUUGGUUUGCAAGGUAUAUGAGCCUACUCUUGCCUUUCGUUGUUGUUAGCUUAUGAGUGAAGUCAGAGCUGUGAUUGAUGAGCACGACAGAGAAAUUCAGCCCCAAGGGAAGACCCCAAAAUGACCUGGGACAUCCUUCUUAAUGUUUUAUUUUUAAGGAAACCCCCAAAAUAGUUGAGCUUUUUUUACGCUUGAUUCCUGCAUUGCAGGGGGUUGGACGCGAUGGCCCAUGAGGUUCUAUGAAAAUGAAAAUUGGAGAAGAUUAUGGAGCUAUCCAUAUUAUAAAUCUGAAACUGCUGGCUGUUAGUGGCUUGCCAAAAUAGUUAUGCUACAGCUCUGUAGUUUAUUGCUUGUUGUAGAAACCUAAUCAGAAUACCCAGUUUCUAGUCUAACUUUUUUUCCUGCGCAGCUGAAGCAAGAGGCUGUGGCUUUGGUAGAUGUGAUUGCUCCUCCGGACUUCAUUCUCAACUCGCCAAUUGGCAGGGCUGAUGGAGAGGUAAACAAAUCUUUUUGCAAAGCUCUGACUCAGGUUUACCGUGACUCUUUAUGAACUUUGUGUUUUCAAUAUUUGUGCUUUGUCGUGUCACAGUUAGAAACUGUGUGUGUGUUUGGGAGUGGCAGAAAGGGAAGACCAGCAGUCUGGCAGCAUGAAUAUAUGUUGCAUUCUUCUGAUGCUGGAAAUAAAUUCACUCCAGACUGCACAUUCCAGCCUUUCUGAUCCUUGAGUUUGAGGCACCUCUGCUUGGGGAAGGUAACCAUUUUAGAAGAGGUGUCCAGGAAACCGUUCCACCAGGCCAAAGUAAAUGAAGUAACUUAACAAACUGAAGAACUUUGACUGUAAGCACAGGCUACAGAGGAAACCAUAUGAUGUGCUCACCAGCUCUUUGAUAAUCUCGGAACCUGACUACAUUGUUCAGACUCUGCAGCUCAAUUCAAUUUAGCCAUAAUGUUCUUUUGAAAUGAUUCAUCUGUUUAUUUACUCUAAACAUUGGUCUUCUCCUGAUGCCUUGAUACCCACAAGUGGGCCCUAGCACAAGCUGUGGUGGGGUCACCAUUCCCUCUUUUUUAUCUAGCUUUUGGGGAUUUUAAGGAGAGAGGCAGAAAUAUGAACGGAAAAUAAUAUAGUGCAGCUGACUUUCAGGUUUGGUGUGUUGUGCGACAAGCACACAGAAUACAAUGAGAUUGAGUGUUUGGGGGGAAGGCUCGGUUAAUUUCAUUGUACACUGGUUGUACAUUGACAAUAGAGGUAUUAUUAUGAUUAUGAAGUUGAGAAACCCUGAGAAAAAGAGUGAGGGAAGGCAGAGCUCUUUUCCUUUCAUUUGCUGCAUAGAAAGGAGAAUUUUAGCAGGAAUUUUAGCCUCUGCUGAGCGGCACCUGCCAGACUUCUCUAUUGUGUUGGGUCACCCUAGAAAAGAGAUAUGGGCAAAUGUAAAGACACAGGGAAACUAUUAAAUGAAGGUCUCAUUGUGCCUCCUUGAGAUCAAGGUCACACUGCUGCAAAGACUGAACAUUUUGGAAAUGAAUGCUGUUGCUGAAACUAUUUCUGUUUUUCUCCCCCUCCAGCUGUAUAAAAACCUGUGGAGCACCGUUCUUCAAGGCAAUAAGGUGUUGGAGAGGCCGUCCUGGUGGUCAGAAUUUUGUACUAAUAAACCUGUUGUAGGUAGGCUAAGAUCAAGAAUGUAAAUGUAAAUUGGAGAGGCCCAGCAAGGGCGUGGAUAAUAAAUCGUAAUCUGAAAUUAUUAGUUAAAGGAUCAUGUUAAUUUUUGUGAAGGAAAGGCCUUUGAAAUAGGAUUUCAGCCCAUUUCCAUGACUACUGGCACAGUGAGGGACAGUGCAGCCCAGUUUACACGUUUCCCACCUGCGUCAGUCAGUCAGGAUUUGCGGAAAUGAAGUCACUUUAAAAUGGGCUGCUACUCAGAGCCUGAAGUGGCCAUGAUAGUUGAAGUCUGGAUUCCAGGUAUGGAAAUAGCUAUAACAAAUUGAAGGAAAAUUAUACCUUUGCAAAGUCAGCAGUGUGCUCUGUUCAUGUAAACUUAUGUAGUUCCCUUAGAGUUCCUGCAGAGGGCAUGCACAAUUUAAGUCAAAGACCUAAAACAAGUUCACUCUCCUGGAAUACAGAGCAGAUGAGGACUUUCUAACUUUGAUUAAUUGUCAUAUCUUGUACAUCUGUAGUCAAAUGUUUUUAUAGUUUCUUGUUUAAUUCAUGGUCUAAUUGAAGUUAGUGAAAAUAUUGAACUUUAUAUCACCUUACCAACAGUCUGCACUUUUUAUCCGCACUUUUUAAUUUUAAGUGUAAGUUGGUGUCAGAAAAUCCUAAUCUGUGAAAGGUAAACAUAAUAUAUAUUAUACCUGCUACAUAUUUUGGGGAAAAUGUUUUGUGCUGACAAGAUACAGCAAAUGUUAACAAUGAUGAAUAAAAUAGUUUUAUUUUAUAUGCAUUUUUUUAAUCCAUAAAAUUAGUGAACAUUUCUACUUUAAUUUUCUGCUACACUAUUGGUUCCCUUUAAAAGGAUAAAAAUGCUGAAAAUAAAAAAGCAGUUUGAAGU